AUGUCGUCGGUCGAGUCCGAGCAGGAAACUAAAGCAAUUGAAGACCUCUCUUUCGAGGAGGCUCUGGCACUGUUGGAUGAGACGGUAGACGCGCUGGAGUCGGGCUCGUUGACGCUGGCGCAGUCGAUGGCGAUGUACGAGCGGGGGAUGAAGCUGGCGCGUGUUUGCAACGAGAUGCUGACAUCGGCUGAAAUGAGGAUCACGCGAAUCCGGACCGCAUACGGGGAGCAGAUGCGUAUGGUCGAUAGUGACGACGAUAUGGAAGUCGGGAGCUAG